GCGAUGAGGAGUCUGGCACUUCUGCUGGGAGUGAAAGCCGCGUGCAUCCUGCUGGUCUCGUCUCUCUCGGGCACCGGGGCGGUCAACAAUAGUGGCCGGUGGUGGGGUGUCGUCAACGUGGCCUCGACCUCCAAUCUUCUCACCAACUCCAAGAAUGUGCAGUUGGUCUUGGACCCGAGCCUGGCCCUACUGAGUCGUCGUCAACGUCGUCUGAUUCGGCAGAAUCCUGGCAUCUUGCACGCCGUCACUGCUGGACUGCACACAGCCAUAAAAGAAUGCAAGUGGCAGUUCCGUAACCGCCGCUGGAACUGCCCGACCACCCACAGCCCGGCGAUAUUUGGCAAAAUUGUCAACCGUGGUUGCAGAGAGACAGCCUUUGUCUUUGCCAUCACCAGCGCUGGGGUGACCCAUGCGGUAGCUCGCUCCUGUUCGGAAGGAGCCAUCGAAUCGUGUACUUGCGAUUACCGACGUAGGGGUCCCGGCGGGCCGGACUGGCACUGGGGGGGCUGCAGUGACAACGUAGAUUUCGGCAGGAUGUUUAGCCGGGAAUUUGUGGACUCCAGUGAAAAAGGUCGAGAUCUGCGCUACCUCACCAACCUGCACAAUAACGAGGCUGGCAGAAUGACGGUGUCCUCAGAGAUGCAGCAGGAAUGCAAGUGUCACGGCAUGUCAGGCUCCUGCACAGUGCGCACCUGUUGGAUGCGUCUUCCAAGCUUCCGCGCAGUGGGAGACUUCCUCAAGGACCGCUUUGACGGUGCAUCUCGAGUCAUCUACGCCAAUAAGGGUAGUAAUCGCGCCUCGCACCGAGCGGACCCUCGCCACCUGGAACCAGAAAACCCUUCUCACAAAUCCCCCUCCGUCAUGGAUCUGGUCUAUUUUGAGAAAUCGCCUAACUUUUGCUCCUUCAAUGGCAAAACUGGCACUUUGGGAACCACGGGUAGAACUUGCAACAGCUCCUCGCCAGGCCUGGAUGGAUGCGAGCUGCUCUGCUGCGGACGUGGGUUUGAGACCCGGGCUGAGAGUGUCACAGAGCGGUGCAACUGCACAUUCCACUGGUGCUGUCACGUCAGCUGCCUGAACUGCACCAGUUCUCGAACUUUACACCAGUGUUUAUGA